AUGGGAAAUCCAUUGGUGAGCGAAGAAAGCUCGCGUUUAAGAGAAAAUGUCAUCGAUGAGACAAUGCCGGAAAUGAAUAAAAAAGCUGUGCCUGGAUUUCAAGGAUUCGACGAUGUGGAGAGCGUUUGUCAGUAUUUCCAUCGAAAAUGUCUGAUGGGAGAAAACUCGAAUGAGAAAUGUGAAGAGCCAUUAAAGGAGUGUCAAACAUACGGAAAGAUGUUACUCAGAGGAUCGUACAAAUUGUGCAUGUACAUGUUGGUCGACUCAACCGAAUGCGAAGUCCGUCAAUCGCAAGUGAUCAACAAAAUGGCCAGAGAUAUUCAUCGAGGCAAAGUGCCCUUCAUCAUUCGCUCACCGGCUCGACGCUCUCAAAAU